AUGUCUCGCUAUAUUCUACCUUCUUCCGAAUCGCAGCGCUGUCUGGACCGCUUCUCCCUCCUCGACGAAGCCGAAGAAGAUGCCGAUGGUCUUUGUUCGCUAUGGAGACUUAUAGAAAACGUCCUCGACCAGCCAGUCCACUCUUCAUCCGAUCUCAGUGAUGUAUUGAGUACAAUCUCCCAUCUUGUUCGAGGUUCAGACGGCGCGGCCGGCGACUAUGGCACGCUGAAAGGUGUAGUCGAGAGCAUUGGUGAAAGCUUUUACACGCAAACAUGGCCGCAAAUACGACGGUGUGCGCUGGAUAUGCCAAAAGUAUUUGCAAACAGCUCUCUGGACAUCCUGGAACCGGGAAAGAGACUGCGUCUGUCAAGGGAGCAAGCUGCGAGUCUCGUUGCGCACCAAUUUCUCUGUACCCUGGCUGCACCGUCCUGGAGAGCUGAAUACUAUGACUUUAGCAUCUGGUAUGACUCGAACCAGAGGCAUCCUGUCGCUGCAGAAAUCUACAUCACCACUGUUUUGACAUACUUUCGUGACAUGUCCCAGCUAGAUGGUGCUGUAGUGUUAGAAUACUCUCUACACGCUUUACCGGUCGACUUUUCGUCAGAACAAUUCCUAGAUGCACCGCUAUCACCACUCACAGUGACUUCAGUGCCUCAAUUCACCACCGAAUUAGAAGAACUGGCCUUCCAACAAUCAAGUGGUGCUGUCGUUGUCUCCGCAAACAAGGACAUUGGAUUCGGCCAAUCCGCCACACAAGAGGAAUUGUUUGUCGGAAACUGCCCUGAAGCAUGUCCUGCUGUUCUCGUGACGCCAACCUUAAAGCCUGAUCAGGUCCUCGUGGUAGAGGGAGCGGCACCUAUGCUUCGCAUUACCGGCCAGCGGCGGGACAUUUCGUGGACUCCCUUACCACCGGAAGACAGGCGCGGCGGACGACUCUUGUUCAUGGACGCGCUGGAGAUUGACGAGUUGGAUGCUGACGACGGUAUUUUGGUGGAUCUGAAGCCUUUUUCUGUAGAUCGGGAGCUGCAGAAAGCCUACACGGCAUUUUCAUCGUGGCUGCAACAGUCGAACUCAACAGUUUGGACUGGUCUCUGGGGCUGUGGUGCCUUCAACGGCGACCCAACAGUCAAAAUGAUCAUCCUAUGGAUGGCAGCGUCCAUGGCCGGACGAAAUCUGUGUAUCGUGUGUGAUGCAUCACAGGAAGACUUUGCUCAGCAGUUUGACGAGUUUGCAAAGAGUACAAAGGGAGGCACUGUUUCCGACUUGCAGAGCAUCCUGAACAGUAUACCGAAAACCACAGAGAGACUUCACACUCUGGAGCAUAUUCUCAGCUCGCAACAAGCGAGUGAAUAG